AUGCCAUCCCCUGCGCCUGUCGCAACGCGCCCCAUAAACAAACCCGAUGUGGGUCGAAACAACUACCAACCCUUUGGAUUUCGAGAAGAAGUUUUGCAACAAGGAUGGAGCCAAAACGGCUCACGUCCAUUACCAUGCGAUAUUCAUGCUUCACAUGACGUCGGAAUCAAAGUUCGUGACGGUUGCACUCCCUUCUUUGAUAGAAGCAGUGUGAGUACGGAUCAUGGCGGCGGCUCGAGCCAAUUAUUCUCUGAUAUCCAAUCUCGGUUGCUGGUAGAGCCCCCAUUAUAG